GGUUGGUUACGCGCCUGCGCUGCUGAACAGUACCCGGAUGAUAUAGUUUGUGUGUGACGUAAACAAGAUGGCGGCGGUGCUUAUCUCAUUAAUCCACACGCACCGAUCGCAGAAAUGAAAAAGAGUCCUUUAUAUUCCACGCAGCUUAUUUUCAACACGGAUUAUAUUCAUAUCUGGCUAUUCUUCUGAUUCCCCCGAUUGUUGUUGUGGUCGGAAGGACCACGCUUUGAAGACAAUUUAAUAUAAACAUGUCUGCCAAAGUGGACACCGUGGAGAGAAGUGAGUCAAGUACAAAAAGCAGACGUAGUUCUCACAGCAGAGGAAGGGAAAACGAAAACCGGAAACGAGCAAGAAGCCGAAGCAGAUCGUCCUCCUCAUCUUCCAGUUCUUCAUCGUCGUCCUCCUCAUCAUCUUCUUCUUCUUCUUCACGGACUUCAUCCAGCAGUUCAUCAUCACGUAGUAACUCCAGCUCUGAUAGCUCAGAUUCUUGCAAAAAACAAAGAAAGUCUUCAAAGAAAAGGAAAGAGAGACCUGGAAAAAAGAAAGGAAAGAAAGAGAAGACACGUAAGCGGAAGAAGGAAAGGGGACACAAAGGGCAAGACGACAGCUCUGGACCUGUUCAAAUUUCAAAGUAUCUUAAGGAAAAGAAGAAAUCAGGCAAAUACAGUAUGAUUUCAGGGAAAAAGAUCAAAAUGAAAGUGAAAAAAUCUAAGAAGGACAAGCAGAGGGACAAAAACCGAGCCGAACUGCUGGAGUUCUUAAACUCCACUUUCUGAUUCAGUCCAGACCUGGAACUGCAGAAACAGACAAACUUCAUUUUUUUUUUUUUUUUUUUUUUUUUCAUCGCCUGACCACCACUCAGGGAAAGACCAUUUUCAACUAUUAAUGUUGUUGCCUGAUGUUAUACGUUGACAAUUCCUUACCAUAAACUCCAUGUGGAUGGUUGUUGUCCUCUUUUUUUUUUUUUUUUUUUAUCCAGACUGUGUCCUGAAAUACUUAUAUUUUAUGUCUAAUUAACUCUACCUUCUGAGAACUGUAGCAUGGCUGUAACAUUGUUACGUUACUGAAAUUGUAAAAAAUAAUUAUUCUUGUAUUCUCAUUUUUAAAUUCAAACCUCAAGUACAUAACAGAAUCAGUCCAGAUUUCUUAGGAUUUUUUCAGAAAGAUUUAAAUCGUUUAUGAACAGUUUGUGCUGGUUUACCAGGGAGAAGGUUGUGUAUAUAUA